GACAAUUAAAUUAAAGCCUCACAUGUUUCAGAUGUAUUUAUCUUAAUUAAAUUAACCCCCUCCCCCAACCUCUAUAUAUAUACUCUCCAUAUUUCCAUCGUCUCAUCGGAUCAAAGCAUACACAAAACCAUGGUGGAAACGAAAGUCACAACGAUGGUGAUUAAGGUGGUUGACCUUGGCUGCGAAAAAUGCCACAAGAAAAUCAAGAGAGUACUGUGUGCUAUCCCUCAAAUCCAGAACCAGACAUAUGACAAGAAGGAAAACACAGUGACAAUCACUGUGGUGUGUUGCUGUCCUGAAAAGAUCAAGAAAAAAAUAUACUGCAAAGGAGGUCGAACUGUCAAGUGCGUUGAGAUCAAGCCGCCUCCGAAGCCAAAACCAGAAACAAAACCAGAACCAGAAACAAAACCAGAAACAAAACCAAAACCAGAACCAGAACCAGAACCAGAACCAAAACCAUGCACUUGUUGUGAAAAAUGCCGCCGAGGCCCAUGUUGUCAUCACUUUUGUAUGCCAACAGUACCUCCAUAUUGUCCUGUACCUUGUAGAAGGGCGGUGUGUGAUAUAUGGGAAGACGGUUGUUGUAGUUGCCGAAGUAGGGGUUACUAUCUGUGCAGAAGUGCAUAUGUUUGUGAAGAGUACUAUCCCUCGGCGCCAUGCACAAUCAUGUAAAGGGAAAUCAAGUUAAGAAGACCGAUGAUUUGAGUCAACGUCCAACAUCAACCAUUGGAUUCAAACCCAGUGGUCAUGAUGGACCUUAGUACUGUUGUUGUAUUUAUAUCAUCUGUUUUGUGAUGCUGCUGUUGUUUUGACCUCUUUCAUCUAGAUGAUGCACGACUUCAUUUGUUACAUGUUUGGUCAGCAAAAUGGGAGGCUUUACUACAUAGUCUUUGUUUUCUAUGUUAUCUUAUCCUUGUAUAGUCCUAGGAUUUUGUCCCUUUCGAUGGAUGUUUUCUUCCAAAGUGCUAUAUAUUAUCUGUUUCAAAAAACCCCUCGAUCUCCAUCUAUUCUCUCGUCAUUUUUUGCCGGAUGAAAUGCCCAGAAACAACAUCAUUCGACCGUACUUUGGCAAUGAUGGUUUUCAGAACCUUGUCAUAACCUUGUCUAGCUAGCUAGUUGUCUAUGUUGAAAUGUUGGGGUCAGUUUUGGCUGCAAAUUAUUGGGUCUUCUUCCUUCGUUAUAAAUAUUUUAUGUGAUACAAUAAGGUUGGUGAUCAUGUGGGAACAAUAUUUUAUUACAAGAGAUGUUAAGAUUUUUAAUAAAUUAAUAUAGGGGAUUUUAAAGCUUCCAUAA